AUGCAGCGCACGCGGAACGUUGACUACGACGAUGACGAACUGUACGAUGACUACUACGAAGAAGAGGAGGCAGAUGUCAUGUCAGCAGACGAUAAGGAGCAGAUGCGAACAAGCACACUCAGCGCGCGAGAGGCGUUAGGAGCCGCAGGAUCCAGUAUCAGCGACGCGCAGAUACAGGAGGCGCUGUGGCACUACUACUUCGAUGUUGGCAAGAGUGUGAGCUAUUUGAAGAACAAGUUCUCCACGCCGGAACCGAAGAAGGAAGCACUGCCUAAGAAGGAGAAGGCUACGUCGCGCUUCGAUCAGGCCGCAAGCGCCGCCAUUGAAAAAGCGCCCGUUCCUGUCGGUAAGCACUUUUAUGAACCGUAUAGCUACGCGCAGUCGGUCUACCCUGUUGCAUCGAGUUUCCCGCUGCCGCCCGCUACGAUGCCGUCGAAUGCCCAAGACUUCUUUGCCGACGUUCCCUGGGGCAACGUCCCAGCUCACAGGCUGGGUAAAAUUACCAUCGAUGAGCCUCACUUCAAGGGCAGACUCCUUGGUGGCUCCUCGAAGCUGGCAGCGCUUGCGGCUAAGCGUAGGAAGGAGAGGGAAGAGGCUCAAGCUGCGUCAAAUGCCAAUGGCGAGACCGAUGCUGCAGUCGCCAUGCUCGACAAGCUCACAGUAAAGAGCAAGGAGAACGCUACAUCAGCUGAUGGCGUCGACCGUCCCUCGCGCAUUGCCAAAUACACAUCCCGAAAGCGCUCUCCAUCUCCAAAGCCAGAGGUUCCGGUCGAGGUCGUUGAGGCCGAGCCUGAAGCUCCAAAGCCAGCGAUCGAAGUCGAGCACCCAGCACAACGAGCCACAGCUUCCAUGUUCGCCUCCACACUUUGCGGUACCUCUCGCACUUCGCAGCCAUCCACCAUCAUCCAAGAAUUUCCUGUGCCAUACAGUCGCUACAAAGACUACCAGGACGCAAAGCCAUUUGACGGGCCCAGUCCAGACGACAUCAAGAAGAAACCAGCCGCCGCAGCAAACGGAGACAAACUUGCAGACUCUGUGGAGAAGCUGGCGGUCGACGAGCCAAAGGUUAAUAGCAGAAAUCUGAAUGUCCUGGACGAGCUGCAAAAGAGCGGCAUGAAGCGGAUGGCUAACUUCGUAGUCGUGGGUCACGUUGAUCACGGCAAGAGCACACUUAUGGGGCGUUUGCUGUACGACCUCAAAGUCAUUGAUCAAAGAUCAAUUGAUAAGCUCAGGAAAGAAGCUGAAACGAUAGGGAAGUCGUCAUUCGCUCUAGCGUGGGUGAUGGAUGAAACGAGCGAAGAGCGCAGUCGCGGUGUCACUGUCGAUAUCGCAACAAAUUACUUCGAGACUGAGAAGUCGCGCUUCACUAUCUUAGAUGCUCCCGGACACAAAGACUUCAUCCCCAACAUGAUCUCAGGAGCGUCACAAGCAGACUUCCCCGUGUUGGUAAUCGACUCAAGUACGAACAGCUUCGAAGCAGGCUUGAAAGGUCAAACAAAAGAGCACAUCCUAAUCGCCCGAAGUAUGGGAAUGCAGCACAUUAUCGUCGCCAUAAACAAGAUGGAUACUGUGGCUUGGUCGAAAACACGAUUCGACGAGAUCACGAAGAAGAUGACGACUUUCCUCACGGAAGCCAGCUUCGUUGAGAAGCGCAUCACAUUCAUUCCACUGGCGGGUCUUACAGGCGAGAACGUUGUCAACAAAAUCUCAAACCCAGCAGCAGAUUGGUACACAGGCGAAACCUUACUGGAAGCCCUCGAGCGCAUCGAGCUUCCCCAACGCCACCUCGAGAAGCCUCUCCGCCUCUCCGUCGCAGACGUCUUCCGCGGCGACCUGCGCUCUCCCCUCAGCAUAUCUGGCCGCAUCGACGUCGGCACGCUGCAAGUCGGCGACGUCAUCCUCGCCCUGCCCGCCAACGAAACUGCAACCAUCAAAUCCAUCGAAGUCCAAGACACACCCGUCGACUGGGCUGUCGCAGGCCAGAUCCCCACGCUGCACCUCGCUGACAUCGACCCCGUCCACCUGCGCCAGGGCGACAUCGUCUGCUCGCCCAAGGCCCCCGUCAAGCUCGUCAAGGCUUUUACCUCCAAGCUUCUCGCUUUCGAACACGUGCUGCCUAUGCCCGUUGAGGUGUUCCGCAGCACGCUGAACAGCCCUGGCAGUAUCAGGGUGUUGAGCGCGAAGCUGAACAAGUUCACCGGCGAGGUCACGAAGAAGAAGCCGAGAAUCGUCAAGCCGGGCGAGGUUGCGAGAGUCGUGGUGCAGUUGGAGCGGGAGCUGCCGAUCGAAGAGGGCAUGCGGGUUGUUGUGCGUGAGCGCGGGAGGACAGUGGGCGCUGGGUUGAUGGAGAACGUAGCAUAGUUUUGGGGUGUGUCGGUCGGGUCAAAUCAAAAGCAUUAUAGUCACUCUGUUGCAAGUUGCGUAUGUGUCUGUGCAAUUGCAUAACGUGUUCUGCAGACGUCGUUGACAAGCCC